GCUAGCUCCCCUGGCGCGGCGUACGCGGACGCGGGGUCGAUCGAGUUCGCCCCGAGCUCCCGGGUGGACACCUCCAGGGCCUGGGGCCACGAGGACCAGCACCGCUACUGCGCGGCGCCCAUCGUGGACGACAGCGACGCCCAGACCACUUUGGUCUCGUUCUGGGCUGUUGGCGUGGACUGCUGCGGGCACCGGGCGAACUUCGCCUGCGGCGACGUCGACGGCAGCAGCCGCGCAGGGGUGCGCCUGCCGCCGGACGGCCUGUUCUCGGCCCCACACGCCGACUUCUUCAGGGCCAUCAACCGCUCUGCGGUGGUCUUCGGCCUGCAGGUGGGCAGCGACCCCAUCCUGCUGCACUGGGUCGCCGACGCGGCGAGACCCACCGCCGCGCUGAUGAGCGCCGCGGGCGUGUGCCUCCUGGGCGUGUGCCUCUUCGGGCUCCUGGAGCUCACCGCGUACGUCACGAGGGCGCUGGUGAGGCAAGACGUUCGACGGGGAUACGCGUAUGAGAGCGGGCCCGGCGCGCCGGUCUGA